AUGUCUUUACGUCGAUUUUAUUUUGCCUUUACUUUAUGUGUAUCAGUAUUUUGGUAUUUCCCAUUAAUAUGGAACUUAACAUUUUUAGCACUUUUUAGUGUAUCUAUAUUUGUGGCCGUUUUUACAUUUGCUUUGUGGGGCCAUGUCUCGCUAUCUUCGCCCCAUCAAACGUCGUUGUUUUUAUUUGAUAGUGUAGAAAAAGAGUCUCGUGUAUUGGAGAGCGCAAUAAAGGAGGAACAAGAUAACUGGAGUAAUCCAAGUAAAAAACUGCACUUACCUGUUGUGUUUGGAAGAACAGUUGAUAGCCAGUUACAGCAAUUAAUUGACUAUUUCCUUAGAGACUUUGUUACCAAAUGGAUUAAGGAUCUGUCCCAUAAACCUGAACCAGUGGUUGAAAAGUUUAAGGAGCACAUUUGGGGUGGUGUACAAAAUGUUUAUGAAAGGUUGUUAAGGAUAGAUGCUGAGAAGUUGUUGGCCAAUGAUAUGGUUUUAAAAAUAACUCAGCAUUUUGAGAGGAUUAGAAUUGCUACUAGUUGCGCGUUGGAGCUCAAUCAGCCACCAGUAUUUUCAUUAUUACCACACCUAAUGUCCUUUGAUACAGAGUUACACUACCUGCGGCAAAUAAGUGAAAUAAUGGUGAUAUUUCUGAUGCCUAGGUGUUACUCUUUAACACCUGUUGCACAUUUACUGCGAGAAGUUUUGUCUUGUAAAAUCCUACAACCUGCUAUCAACAUAAUAACUGAUCCAGACUAUAUAAACCAAAAAAUAAUCCAAUAUCUUGAAGCUCAAAAAGAGGUAGAUGCGAUGCAUGUGAGGACACACGAAUAUGCAAAAACAUUUGAAGAUUAUAUACGUCUUAUUAACAGCUGUAACAAUGUUGACACACUUAAGCGAUUACGGUAUGAUAUAGUAACUCAGAUCAUGCAAGCGACAACACUACAAAAUAUCAAAAGGGCGAAAGGAGUAGACAUAGAUGUUAUAGAAAAGAGUGGGAAUCAACAUAAUGUUAGCAGACAGCAGGUUGCGGAUGCCAAAAAACUGAAAAGAUAUAUAGAUCAACUGUCUAUUGCUAAAGCGGAGUGUGAGUCAGCAUUAAGGAGUAUGGGUUGGGAUGGGGCAUUUCCUACCGUUGAAUCUGAUACUAAGACCUUACCAUUACAUAAAAUUAUGGAAAGCGUGACCGGCAGAAGAUACCUAGCAAUGUUCUUAGAGACAUUAUGUUCGCAAGGUCUUGUGGGCUUCUGGACAGCUGUGGAGGAACUACGUCAUAGUCCCCGAAGUAGUUGGCACCAACUUGGGGCUGAAAUAUUUUACACUUACAUUCGGUCGCCAAGUGCAGAGAUCAAAGUUGAUAAGGAAACAAGGAAACGUAUGGAAUCAUUUUUGCUUGGUGACACUGGACCCGAAGUAUUCUACGAAGUGCAGGAAACUGUUGUGGAUACGAUACAGGAGAAAUAUUAUCACUCUUUUCUGCUUAGCGAUCAGUAUAAUGCAUUGAUUGCUGAACUAGCUACAGAGGAUGGUAAUCAAGAGUUAAUAUCAGAACGGUCCCCAAUAGAGGAGCGUCAAUUGUCAAGUGAGUCUGUGUCAUCUGCGGAAAGCGCGGGAACGGUCCACCUCACAGAGCAUUCAACUUACGCGAGAAGAAAAUUAGACCAGCUACAGGAAAAACAUAACAAUAAGACACAGGCAUUGGCAGCGCUACGAGCGUCUUUGAAACCAGAGUCCCCAGCGCUGACGAUGCUUGCGAACGAGGUGGAAAGAUUAGCAGGAGAACAGAUGAGACUUGAGGCUCACUUGGCGCGAACGGACACCUGGGCAGAACAUCUGGGCAGGUGGAGAGCUACCGUGCACAGUGCUGAGAUAAUAGAUGAAUCGAAGCCACCGCAGUUUGUGAUAGUGGUACAUAUGGCUGAGCAGGAUACAACAGAUGAAGAUAGACCUGAACAAAUCACCACAGGUUGGGUGCUGCUCAAGACCCUCAAUGAGUUCCAGGAACUGCAUCGAAAACUAAGACCUAUGUGUUCAGAAUUAAAGAAUCUAGAGCUGCCAUCGAACUCAUUUAAGUUUAUAUUCGGCAAGAAUGAUAGGAACUCUCUAGAAAAGGCUAAAAUUUUAAUACAAAAAUAUUUAGAGUUUGUUUUAGAAGACGAUAGAUUAAACCAAUGCGAGGCUGUUUAUACAUUCCUUAAUCCUAGUUCGGAGUAUUUGAAGCAGGGAGAUUUACCAAAGAAAAACAAAUUUUCAUUUUCAACAUUGUUCAAGAGCACAAGUAGUGACGCCACAAACAGAUCGUCUCAAGAGAAGGACCCAUACCAACACAUACCGGCUGAUGAAGACGAGAUAUCUAUGUAUUUAGACGGCAACGGUGGAGAUGGGGCAGGCAAGAAUAUGACAAAUUCUAUGAGAGGUACUGGUCUGAUAAGUGAAGAACGCGAUAGUAUAGCGGAACCUCUGUAUGCACUAUUAAGUGAAGUCUUCGAUAUGCGCGGAGUUUUUAAAUGGCUGCGAAAAACGCUCGUCACCUUCGUGCAGAUUACGUAUGGUAGAACUAUUAAUAGGCAAAUAAAGGAGACGAUAUCGUGGCUUUUCUCCGAGCAAAUGUUGCACUACUACAUAACUAUAGUAUUGAAGUCGUGGUGGCCAAGUGGUGUGCUAAGCGAAGCAACGUCUAAUCGGAAUAUAAGGGAUAAAGAGCACACUCGUACGCUAGCUCUGCAGCAGUUGAAUGAAAGCAUAGUGGGGGCGCUGUCGUCGCUAGUGGGUGCGCACGCGGCAGCGCGCGGAGCACAUAAGCUCUUUCAUACGUUGCAGAAUAGCACGCACAAUAAACAGCUCUUUUAUGAAAUCUUCGAGCUGGUCCUCCUAGAAGUAUUUCCCGAGUUGAAACGCUACCACACCGCGUCGCUCAACGAAGCCAAAGGGUACCGACAAUAG